AAUGAUAAAAGAGGCAGCAGCGACAAAAACGAUCCGGAGGCGAAGAGGGUUUGGUUCGUUCUCGACCCCUGGUUUCUUCCGGUUUCUCGCCGAGCGCUCUCUCGCCUACUCCUUCCCCACUUCCUCGGUUCCUCCCGUCUGAUUCAAGCUCGCCUUCGCGAUCCCUGCUUCCCAAUGGCAACCAUGAGUGACGAUGGAGAAAGGACUUGCCCACUGUGUGCCGAGGAGAUGGACCUGACUGACCAGCAGCUGAAGCCAUGCAAAUGCGGAUACGAGAUUUGUGUUUGGUGUUGGCAUCAUAUCAUGGAUAUGGCUGAGAAGGAAGAAACAGAAGGGCGAUGUCCAGCAUGCAGGACACCAUAUGACAAGGAAAAAAUUGUUGGAAUGGCUGCCAAUUGUGAAAGAGUGGUGGCUGAGAUUAAUGCUGAGAAGAAACAAAAGUCUCAAAAGGCAAAGACUAAAGCAUCAACAGAAGCUAGGAAGCAUCUUAGCAGUGUUAGAGUGAUACAACGGAACCUUGUGUAUAUAAUUGGACUACCUUAUAAUUUAUGUGAUGAAAGUAUACUCGAGCGCAGGGAAUACUUUGGCCAGUAUGGGAAAGUUUUGAAAGUAUCAAUUUCUCGCCCAGCCAGUGCCGUGGCCCUGCAAGCAUCCAAUUGCAGCACAUUUAGCGUGUACAUAACAUAUGCUAGGGAAGAGGAAGCAGUUCGGUGUAUUCAAGCUGUGCACAAUUUUGUUUUGGAAGGUAAAUCUUUGAGAGCUUGCUUUGGUACUACAAAGUAUUGCCAUGCUUGGUUGAGAAAUAUGGCUUGCAGCAAUCCAGAUUGUCUAUAUUUGCAUGACAUCGGUAGCCAAGAGGAUAGUUUCACUAAAGAUGAGAUAAUUUCUGCUUAUACAAGGAGUAGGGUCCCACAAAUUGCUUCAAAUAAUUCACAGCGACGCUCGGGGAAUGUGUUGCCUUCUCCAGCAGAUGAUUUCUCUAGCAAUGGGACUGUUACAGGCAAACAAGCAGUCAAGAGUGUCUCAAAUAGUGCUCCAAGCCAUGCCAAAGGUUCUCCUCCUAAUAGUGGAAAGCCUACUGUUUUACCAGCUGCUGCUUCAUGGGGACUUCGUAGUUCAAAUUGCCGUACUUCGGCCGUAAGUGUAGCAUGCUCACAAACCCCUGUUAAACAGAAAGUAGAAACUCUACAUAGCACAUCCUUGCUUCCUUCAAUGACUGAAAGCACAAAACACUCUUCAGCAUGGCAUGAUGAUGUAGUUCGAACAUCAAAGAUGCCAGAAAGAAGGCAUGUAAUGCCCACGAAUGGCAUAUCUAGACCCUUAGAACCAUCAAAACCUGGUUCAGGGAAGGACUGCCUAACAGUGAUGUCAUCAGAACCUCUUCAAGAUGUAGAUUGUGCUUCUGUACCUUCUGCGUGGAACGAUGAUGUGAUUGCAUCUAAAAUAUCAGAGCCAUUAAAAUCGGUUAAUGACAAGGAGAGCCAGACAUCUAGAUCAGACUUGUCACCUGAUGAUGCAUCGGAUGUAGCUCGUACUUCACAAAAUUCUGUUAGUUGCUUAUCUAGACUUCUAGCUCCUGCAGCUGAAGACAAAGGGAGAGGCAUAACUCUUGCUGGGAGCAGCACAAAAUCAAUGAACAACCUGUCCAAAGGUGCAGAUAGGCUAUCUUCUACUACUGAUAAAGCUGCUAAAGGUAGUAUGACUGUGAAUGGAAAUGUAGAGAGUUUAUGUUUGGGUUUGUCUUCAGUGAGUAUCGAUAACCAUCUUGGGCUUGGUCAGUCAAGCAUGGACCAACAUCAGACUUCAAAAUCUAAUCUGUGUUCAAGACCUCAACAAUGUCAACCUGAACAUGGGGUUGAACAUUUAUCUUCAGAGCCACUAAGCAGAGCCUCCUUGGAGCAUGAUGCACAUAUUUCAAAUGAAUUACUUGAUUGGGAUCUGGAGCCGCAAAAGCAAGGCUUUGUGUAUACAGGAAUUGAGAGGGAAGAUGAUGCCAAUAAUCAGCCAUCAUGUUCACCUUAUCUAAAUCAUCCUCACAAAAGUGCAAAUCAAGCUAGUUAUAGCUCUUGGAAUAAUGGUGUUGGAAUCAGGCACCCAUCUUCUGCUGGUGAUAGUAAAACUGUGGAGACAAAGGUAGACAUGGCCUCGUUUCUAUCAAGAGAAAAUGAAUCUGCAUUAUGCAAUGGACACAAAGAGGAUGACCUAAGCAGUUUUUCUAACAGCGGGAAGGUUUUUGAAAGCCCCAAGAUGAACUGCUCUGAAGAAAUGGUAAAAUGCCUAGGAAAAACUGAUGAUGUAGCUAAUUCUGACAAAACAGCAAGUGUAGAUAUGGGAGAAAGCAGCAUCAUUUCAGAUAUAUUGUCGCUGGAUUUUGAUCCAUGGGAUGACUCAUCCUCAGCAAACAAUUUUGCUAAGCUGCUUGGUGAAACUGAAAAGCAAGAUGGGUCGUCUAAAUUAUCGAGUUCAUGGAGAUCACAGAAUAGCAAUCAAUCCAGGUUCUCAUUUGCAAGGCAAGAAAGUGAAGCAAGCGGUCUAGAGACUUCUCUUAGAGACAGUGGUAAUGCACAGAAAUUAUGCUCAUCUUUGCAGGAUUCUUUUGGAGAUGGUUUCCAGAGUGGGUUUCAAUUCAGUAAUUUUGAGUGUCCCAAUGCUGUCUCCAAUAGCAAUCUAGUUAUUGCCUCUGACAGACUUGUUGGUGUUUCAAGGGCUAAAAUAUCAGCUCCACCUGGAUUUUCGGCACCAAGUAGAGCUCCCCCUCCAGGCUUUUCUUCUCAAGAUAGUCAUCUUCUGGGUGGUCCUUCACUUGGAAAUCAGUAUGAAGCACAUCUAACUGGAAAUUCAGAUGAUGUGGAAUUCAUUGAUCCAGCAAUACUUGCAGUGGGCAAAGGGCGAAUGCCACUUGGAGUUCACAAUUCAGGGUUGAGUUCAAAACCUGCUUUUACUUCACAGCUUAGCACUUCCAGUAGUGAUCCAAGGCUUCAGCUAUUGAUGCAGCAAUCCAUCUCUUCUUAUCAAAAUCUAAGAAUACCAGAUCAUAUUGGGGAUAGAUUCUUACCUUUAAGCGAUACUUAUAUUACAUCUCGACUUUUAAUGCAAAACCAUGGAAGUCUGUCGCCAUUUACGCAGAUAUCACACCGGCAGCCCAGAAGCGCACACAUUUCAAAUGGCCAAUGGGGUGGUUGGAAUGAUGUAAGAAGUGGCAGUGAAAUGGGCAUGCCUGAUAUCUUGAGGAAUGAGAGGUUUGGGCUUAAUAAUUUCUAUUCUGGCAACGAGGAACAUAAGUUUCAAAUACCGAGUUCAGCUGAUCUGUAUAACAGAGCAUUUGGAUUGUAAUGCUGGUCUGAUGCUGCACAACUUUCACCCUUCUUUUGUGUAUCCAAGUGCAUCUCUAGCCAUGGGGAAUAGUUGGUUCAUCGGAGCAGAUUACUUUGUCUGCUUGUUGAUUGGCAUUUCUGUCACUGAAACCUUGAAUGAUCUCCAUCAAAGAGUGCUUGAAAUUAUAGGCCUCUUUGCAUCAACAGGUAUGAGUUUCAUUUCAUUCAUUAUGUCCAAAUAUGAGGUGUCCCAGUAAGCGGCGCCGGCUUGCAAAAAAUGCAGCCACACCUGCAUGAUUGAUAAGAUGUAGGGGCAAGUGGUAUGCUCCAGAAAUUCAUGGGUGGAUAAAAUGUUUGGGGAUGUGAUUGCCACCAUAAUGGUUCUCAAGAAUCCCACUAGCAUACUGUUGAGUGUUGGGAGGCCGUUGUUGUUUCCUUUUAUAUCUUACAUAUAAUUCAUGUCAGCAGGGUGCUGUAGUAGAUUGUAAUUUCGUGAAGUUCAAAAUAUAAAGUAUUACCCUACUUCUUUUCAGAUGAUAAAUACAGUACUAUUGGUGGAACUUUGUAUCUGCAUUAAGAUAUACUUCAUCACUUUUUGAUAAAAUUUACCACUAGCAGCUUGAAUGGCUGUUUUAGUCUUUAAAAUGACUCUGUUAGAGGAUAUCUGAUCAGUUAUUGCUGUUGGACAAAUGCUGCACAGGCCCAAAAACCAUGACUGUCACUAUUGAAUCCUAUGGUGAAGUUGGCAUCGGGUUUAGGGUUAGUGGUGAGUCUUGUGCAUCAAGCAGUGUCAGGUCAGAUGAGUCUCAGCCUUUUUAUCAUGGGCAUUUCAGGACAUAUUUGAAUAAUUCUCCUAUGCACUCCUAUGUUUCUACUAGUGUCUAAUAACUGAGUCAUGAAAAAAAA